AUGACUUUAAUUGAAAAUUCCGCUGCCGCUGAGGCUGCAAAAAGUUUCACCUUUGGUGUCACCGAUUAUAUCGUGUUCGUUAUAAUGCUGUUGACAUCUGCCGGUAUUGGUGUCUAUUUUGGAUUCUUUUCGAAAUCGAAAAAUACAACCGAUGAAUAUUUAAUGGGCAGUAAGCAAAUGAAGACCAUACCGAUUGCCAUAUCAUUGGUGGCAAGUCAACUUUCCGGCAUUGCCAUCAUGUCAGUACCCGCCGAGACCUAUACCUUUGGAUUUUCAUAUUUCUUUAUGGUGGUUGCGAUGAUUUUGGUGGUGCCCACGUUGAAUUAUAUCAUUAUACCUGUAUUCUAUAAGAACAAUAUUUCCAAUUGUUAUGAGUAUCUUCAAAUGCGUUUUGACAAGCGAACCCGAAAAUUAAUUACCGCCUCCUUUGUUUUCAAUGCCUUUUUGAUGCUACCCGUGUAUAUUUUUGUACCUGCCUUGGCCUUUUCGCAAGUGACGGGCAUAAAUAUUCAUCUGAUUAAUGCUAUUGUGUGUUCCAUAUGUAUUUUCUAUACAAUGUUGGGUGGCAUCAAAGCCGUUGUCUGGACUGAUGUGGUCCAAGCUGGUAUUAUGGUUACCUCAGUGGUUUUGGUGGGCAUUCUGGGUACCAUCAAAGUUGGAGGUCUGGGUAAAGUUUUCGAAUUAGCCGAAGAAGGUGGACGUUUGGAUUUCUAUUAUGGUCUAGAUCCAAGGGUUCGAAAUUCGGUCAUUUCACUUUUCACCGGCGGCAUAUUGUUGUGGACGGGUCAUAUUGGUCUAAAUCAAAGUUGUGUUCAGCGAAUUGUCUCACUGCCCAGUAUGGAAAAUGCACGAAGAGCCUUGAUCCUUACGGGUGUCGGUGUGAUUAUCAUAAUGGGUUUCAAUGCCUUUAGUGGUAUUGUAAUGUUUGCCCGUUAUUCCGGAUGUGAUCCCAUUAAAGCUGGACUCGUUCAGAAGCCCGACAAAAUGAUGCCGUUCUUUGUGCAGGACAUCAUGGGCCAUUUGAAGGGUAUGCCUGGUGUAUUCAUAUCCUGUGUAUUCAGCGCUGCGCUGAGUACCAUGUCAGCCAAUUUGAAUUCCCUAGCCGGCGUGGUCUACUUCGAUUAUAUUAAACCCUUCAUUCGACACACUGAUGCUCGGGCCAAUGCCAUUAUGAAAAUCUUUGUGGUGGCCAUGGGCAGCUAUUGCAUCCUUGGAGGUCUGAUUGUGCAAAAAUUCAAUUCCAUUCUGCAGACAAUUGUGACCAUUACCAGUCUUAGUUAUGGUGCGGUGAUUGGUGUAUUUUUGGUGGGCAUGUUCGUGCCAAGGGUUAAUGGAAAGUGUGUCUUUAGCGGAAUUGGUGUUAGUUUGGCCGUUAUGUUGUGGAUUAUUGUGAAUGCCCAGAUGCGUUUCAAAUCGGGUGAAAUGAAAUACGAAAUGCUGCCCACCACUUUGGAUCAAUGCGAGGAUUACAGUUUCCAUGGAUUGAUUAAAAGUUUUAAUGUCACCGAACCACCACCACCCUUGGAAAAGCCCUUAGUCACCACUGCCUUUGAAAGUAAUCGCCCCUUUUCCAUAUUCGAAGUUUCCUUCUAUUGGUACAAAUUGAUGGGUCUUGUUUUGCUGGUCUUUACAUCCGUUGCCCUGAGCUAUGUAUGGAAACGGGAGGAUGAUGAAAAAUAUGACCCGAAGUUAUAUUCUCCAGUUAUAUGGAGAUUUUUACCCAAAUCACCCAAAGAAAUGGAAAGUGUACCACUGAAAGCGCCCCAUCCAGCGGAAAAUGGCAACGCAGCAACGACCACAAUUCUGUUACCCGAUGGUCAUGAAGAUCCACCAAUUAAUGGCAAUUUGAAACAAUAA